CAGUCGCAGUCCAAACAGCUGUGACCACGGCACCGGUGAACGCCACGUCACAGCCGGCGCCCGCACCAGGCGUCUGUCGGCUGAGGACGCUCGUCCUCGAGGCCGCGUCCUUCUUCCCACACUCGCACAAUCCAGAUAGAGGCUGAACACCCAGUGUCGCUGCCGCCGUCUGUCGACCUUCACACCUUCAGACUUUCCAUUGAGAGUUUGAAAAGAGGGAAACAUUUAAUAGAAUAUAAGUAAACAAUCAAUUCAAUCUAGAAAAAAGAGUUGCCCGUGUAAAGCACGUCUAUAGGACACGUCUCCAUCCUGUUCUCACAUGCAAGGUCACAUUCUCCGGCCCUGAGAGAUGGUGAGAUAGAGGAACAGUGGGCGUCUGUUCACCGUAAGCCCGGGGGCGGGGGGUCGUGGAAACAAGGAUGAUACGUAAUGUGAAGAGAUUCCACGAGCCUGUUGGGAUCAGACGACCGUGGAGGAUCUGGUUUUACGACACAUCCAAACAGGCCAUCGGCGCCCUCUUCAUCCACUUUGCCAACGUCUUCCUCUCCACGCUCACCGAAGAGGACCCCUGCUCGCUGUAUCUGAUGAACUUCCUGCUCGACGCCACGCUAGGGAUGCUGGUCAUCUGGCUCGCCAUCAAGUGCGUGUCCAAGCUGGUGGAGUACAAGCAGUGGACGCUGCUGAUGUUCGGGGAGUACGGCGACCCUCCUCAGGCGGCGGCGUGGCUCGGUCAGUGUGGCGUCUACCUGCUCAUCAUGGUUCUGGAGAAAGGUGCGAUCAGCCUGGUGCUGCUCGUCCCCGGAUGGUCCAAGUUGCAGGAGGUGUUGCUGGGCUACAUUGCUAACCCUCAGCUGGAGCUGGUGCUGGUCAUGCUCAUCGUGCCCUUCAUCGUCAACUCCAUCAUGUUCUGGGUGGUGGACAGCCUGAUGAUGAGGAAGUACAAGACGAUGAAGGGCCUGGACGACUCCUGCGACAGCUCGGUGCAGAAGGCCGACUCGCCGCCGGGGGUGGACGGCGAGGAGUCACGGGUGCUGCUGACCGAGACGGACACGGAUGAGACAUCGUCGGAGGAGGAAGAGGAGGAGCCCGGUGAUGAGGGCCCAGUCCCCAGUGUGCAUUAUUCAGGGGGACCAAUAAGACCCAGCUGGGUGCUGGUGUAAAACCAGGUGACGUCCGACUCAUCCAUCCACUGUCCACUCACACUUAGGAGCCCAAAUAAAAAGUCUAAAUAUCAGCAACUAAAGGUCGUAUAACGUGCGAAUGUGAACACUGCAGCUGCCUUCUUCUUCUGCACUAAAGGUGUGAAUCGUUACAGGUGGAGCCCGGCUCUGUAGAUGCAUGAACAUCAAACUGCAUUCUGGGAUUUUUAAAAAGCUCUUUAUCCUCUCACCGUGCUGCCUCCGCUCAGCUGCAGCGCGGCUUCAGAGCGUGACCACAUCUGAACAUGUGAGGAGAGAUUAUCCAGCCGCAGCCGCAGGGCAAAGCAAACGUGGAAGUCAAAUGAAUCCGUCCUUCUUUUCCACAACGGGGACUUUUUUAAGUGAAGUAUCUUUUCCAUAUAUAUCAAAAAGUGCUUUAAAGCUUUACUCAAUCAAAUAUAAUCACUCAAAUCUGCCUUUUAUUAACGAAGGUGUAAUUUAUAGUCACGGUUUUACUCCUUUGCUGCUUUUAAAGAUAAGAGAUGUGGGAAAGUGUUCAGUGGUGGAGAAAAGGACCAAGUCACAGUUUUAUUUUGAGUCUGUGUGACAAUUAAUUAAUGACAAAAUAUACAUGAAUCAAAACCAAAGGAACCAUUAAAGAAAAUAUGAGAUUAGCAAAGAUUUUGAGAAAAAUAUGUCACUUAUAUUAAGUCUAAAAUUAAGAGACAAAUGAGUAUUUAAACAUUUUGAUAUAAAUGAGAGAAUCGAAACAACUCUUGUGUCAGUCUGUUAAAUACGUAGCGGGUUAGCUUAGCUUAGCAUAAAGACUGUAAAUUGGUGUGGCUCCGUCCAUAAACCAGUUAUCAUACAGAUGUGAGUAAAAUGGUGUUAAUCUCCUCAAAAAUACAUAUUUUACAAAAUGGGAAACGAUUCUUCUAAAGACGUUUCCUUCAUUUUGUCAAUAUUAAAACACAAAAGUUAUUCUAAAAUGAUACAGAACUGUCCCUAAUGAAAUGUUCUACUCCCUCGUGGGAGUUCUCUCUGUGGGAGGACGCAGCAGCUGUUUGCAACUCGUGGCACAUGUCUUUAUUUAUUCUGUUUAUAUUUUAUAUAAGUAUUUGACUUUAUAUAUAUUGUGCUCUGAUCUGUGGUGACAGUGGAAUAGAAUGAUUUUUUUUUAGUGUGUGUGAUGUAAACGGGAGAAAUUUCCGAGUCGUCGCCAAACUACAGUUUUAAAUUCCGACUGAAUCGAAGCAAGUGACUUUUGUAUAUUAAUCAUCGUCAUGUCAGUUUACUUGUUUACAUUUAUAGAUUUCACAUAUUCCGUAUAUUCUGUCUUGAUUUAUUUUGUAUUCCAACGUAGCUUUCUGUAUUUUUAUUUUUUUUUAAAUAAAUGAAAUGACGCACACAGCACGUCCCUUAAGUGUCGUCAUCGGGUCGAACCACGGUGCUUCUGUAUGUCUUAAAUCUGUACGAUGAAUAAAAUGGCUGACACACAAA